UGGAGUGAAGGAAUGGAGAGAGGAGGAGGAGGAGGGGGAGGAGGAGGUGGCGGAGGCGGCGGCACUAGGACCCAGCAGUGAGACAGGAGUGGGCAGGGGGAGUGGGGCUGAGUCACUGCAUGUGUCUGGGAGUCAGUCAGAGAGAGAGAGCAGAGGCAGAGCAGAGGUGAUCUCACACUCAUCAGUCCAGGAUAAUACAACCAUGAUGGGUUGACUGGGGGGGUCAGAGAGGAAGGGUGCCGUCGCCAACGCUCGCUCAGACAUGGAGACCAACAAAGUUCUUCAUUUCGUUCCUUCAGAGGCGCCCUCUUCUGGUAUGUCCAAGAAUGGAUACUUCUUUCAAGAAAUGGAGCAGCGGGAGGUGGAGCAGGAAGACGGCAGCGAUGGCCGAGAAGAGGGACAGGACUCACCGAUCGCCUGUGGAGACGACAUCCACCUCUACGACAACCAGAUCAGUCCAGGGCCAGAAAGCGACGACUCUGGCUGUGUGUUACUGAACACAUCAAGACGGUAUGUGAAGCUGAUGAACUUCGAGGAGGAGGUGCGCGCCCACAGAGAUCUGGAUGGGUUCCUGGCCCGGGCCAGCAUCCUGCUGGACGAGACGGCCGCAUCUCUGGACGAUGUUCUGAAGAGAAUGUUGCACCAUGUGGGUCAGGACAGUCACACCUCUGAGCCGGGCUGCAACUUUGAGGAGGUGAUGAGUCUGUUGUUUACAGACGCAGGAGCUCAAGAGGUGAACGACCAGUCUCAGAGUUUCGUUUUCUUUGACGAUGUUCACCUGCUGUCAGAGACCAUCCAGGGGGUGACGGCCACAGCCACAGGCAUCCAGUACCAGCAGUCCUGGCUCUGCAUCCUCUGUAACGUCAAACAUCUGCAGCGACGUCACGUUUGCAUCUCGCGUCUGGAGCGACCACAGAACUGGGGAGAAAACUGCUGCGAGGUCCGAUACGUCAUCCUGAUUCUGGCACCACUCAAAAUGAAAAGCACGAAGACGGCCAUGGAGCUGGGCAGAACGUUCGCCACCCUCUUCUCAGACAUUUCCUUCAGACAGAAGCUGCUGGAGACCAAGACUCAGGAAGAGUUCAAGGAGGCGCUGGUGUUCCAGAGACAUCAGCUGACAGCCAGCCACCAGCAGCCGGUGGCCCUGGGUAAAGAGACGGACCCUCGGAGCCACACACCACUCACGUGUAAAGACUUCUUCAAAGCGGGCAGAGGGAUUUAUGAGGACCUCUGCCGCCGAUUGCCCUUCUACCCCUCGGACUUCACAGAUGGAAUCGUUGGCAGUAACAAAACUCUGCUGAAGUACAUGACCACAGCCAUCUUCCUCUACAUCGCCAUCCUCCUCCCUGCCAUUGCCUUUGGAUCCCUGAACGAUGAGAGCACACGUGGCGAGAUUGAUGUCAGAAAGACCAUCAUUGGUCAGAGCAUCGGUGGAGUCAUCUACUCUCUGUUUGCUGGCUCCCCUCUCGUCAUCCCUCUGACCACAGCUCCUCUGGCCAUCUUCAUCAGUGUCAUCCGGGGAAUCUGUGACGACUAUAACCUGGACUUCCCGGCCUUCUACGCCUGCAUCGGUCUGUGGAACUGUUUUUUCCUGAUCCUUGGAGGAAUUUUUAACCUCAGUCUGCUGAUGAAGCUUUUUAAGAGGUCCACUGAGGAAGUCAUCGCUCUCUUCAUUUCCAUUGCAUUUGUGGUGGAUGCAGUGAAGGGAACGGUGAAAAUCUUUCACAGAUAUUACCACGCUCCCACUCUGUCCAACAGGACUUCACUCAACUGGUCUGCUGGUGCAGAGGUGUUUGGAGGAAACAAGAGUGAAGCAGCAUCAGGUCUGACCUUUAACCAUUUCCCAGAAUCCCUCAUUCACUGCACACGUGAACGACCCCUCCUCUGUCUCCUGCUGAUGCUGGGAACGUUGUGGAUGGGAUACACACUCUAUCAGUUUAAGAGGAGUCCUUUUCUUCAUGCCAAAGUCAGGGAGGUUCUGUCAGACUGUGCUCUGCCAAUCUCUGUGCUCCUCUUCUCCUUCAUCGGUUCUUACCUGUUCCGUGACAUCGAACUUCCAGUUUUUAAAGUCCACGAUCGUCCCAUCUUCAACGUGGCUCCAUUUGAGCGCCUGUCGGCUAUGAACGUGAUCAGUGCCAUGGGUCUGGGCUUUCUGCUGGCUCUGCUCAUCUUCAUCGACCAAAACAUCGUAGUGUCGCUGACUAAUGCCCCAGAAAACAGGUUGUUGAAGGGAACAGCCUACCACUGGGACCUGAUGCUGUCCGGUCUGAUCAACAUCCUGAUGUCAGUUCUGGGUUUACCCUGGAUGCACGCUGCCUUCCCUCACUCUACCCUCCACGUUCGACAGCUGGCUUUUGUAGAGCAGCGUGUGGAGGGGGGACACCUGUAUGAGACUAUAGUCCAGGUGAAGGAGACCAGGCUGACGUCUCUGGCUGCAAACAUCUUCAUCGGUGUCUCCGUUCUGCUGCUGCCUGUUCCUCUGCAGUGGAUUCCUAAACCUGUUCUCUACGGACUUUUCCUCUACAUCGCCCUCACCUCCAUCGAUGGAAACCAGAUGUGUGACCGGAUGGCUCUGCUGCUGAACGAGCAGACAUCCUACCCCCCCACCCACUACAUCCGUAAGGUUCCUCAGAGGAAGAUCCACUACUUCACCUUCCUGCAGAUGAUGCAGCUGUUGGUUCUCUGCACCUUUGGAAUGUAUCCUAUACCCUACAUGAAGAUGAUCUUUCCUCUGCUCAUGAUCUUGCUCAUCCCUAUCAGGAACAAUGUGCUUCCUCACAUCAUUGAGGCCAAAUACCUGGAUAUAAUGGAUGCUCAGCACAUGUAGCUUCAGCUGGAGACCAGCUCUGGAGGAACGGACGUGGAGAACGAGAGACAAAUGUCUUAUAUUAUAAGGAAAAAAUCAGGAAGGAAAAAAACAGGAAGAAACAAGGAUUUAAAAAAAGAAGCUUAUUUUUUAAUGCAAAACUGUAAAAGCAGCAAAAAGGAGAAAACAUACAACAAAAACUGUUGAGACUUUUGUAUCUGAUAUGAACAUUCUCACAGGUGAAGCACUGGAAUGGUGGAAAAGAAAAAAACUGGGAAAUCUUUUCCGAACCUGGACAGAAACAAAGACCAAGUUUCUCUGGGAAUGAGAAACAGGACUGACCACAACUCACUGAUAUACACCCCUCGACGUCACUGACCGUCUCCAUGUUCUCUAUGUUCUCCAUUUCCUUGGUGUCUUUGUUCUCUACAUUGUCUGUAUUUGUGUGUUCUCCACGUUCCACUUGUUCUACAUGUUUCUGUGUUCUCCUUGUUGUCCGUAUUCUCCAUCCUUUCCGUUUUCUCUGUGUCUUUGUUCUUCACGUUCACCAUGGUUGUAUGUCAUCCCUACACACCUUCAUUUUCUUUAAUUGUGCGUGCGUGUGUGUACUUAAUCCUCUGACCAACUUUACUUUUCUACCAGCUGAAUAAGCUGACCUCUGACCUGAGUCACAUACAAUCAGUAGCAAUGAAAACAUAGAGGGAGGGUGUAUGUAAGUGUGUGUGCAGGUCGGGGUCAUCUGUUCUUCACCACACCUCCUUCUCCAGCUCUUUAUUAAAAAACAAUAUAUAUAUAUAUAUACAUAUAUAUGUAUAUAUAUUAAAGGGGUAAGGCUUGACUGGGUAAUUAAAGAACAGAUAUUAUAUAAAAAGUACAGGAAAUAUUAAUGGAAGAUGAAAUAUUUAUUUAUUCUAAUAACAGGUCAUCUUUUAAUUAGGAAAAAUCCUAUUUUUAUAAAUGUUUUCUUCCCCCACUUAACACCUGUCAAAUUCAAAGUCUUAAAAGACAUUCCAGUUUAAAAAGUCUCUCUUCAAACGUCCCCCUGGUGACAUUUCUGAGUCCAACUGGAGCAAGGAGCGGGGUAACGAAAGAAGGGGGCGGAGUUUAGAACUGUAGACAAACACAAUUGCACUUGUCUGGACUCACCCUUUAACACUGUUGCUCCUGUUCUAGUGUGAACCACAUUCCCAGCAGGAUUCUGUCCCCAUCCAGAACCGUUUCAGUAUAUUUCCAGUUAAAGUUUGGUAAAGUUAGAGAAGAUAUUUAAAAAAGAAAUAAAACUUUGGUUUUGCAUACAUAACUAAGCAUUCUUUUUUAUGAAAAAAAAAAACAAUCUUUUGGUGAAGGUGACUUUUAGAAUAUUCCAGGUGUUGUUUUCCUGUUUUCGAUGUUCUAAUUAGAUCAAUGCUUGCAGACAUUGUCAUGUAAUCAAUAAUUCUGAUGUUUAAUCUUGUUAUCUACUGUAAAAAAAAAAAAAAAGAAAAAGAAAAAAACAGGUUUGUAUCCAGCUUAAAGCAUGUCUUCUUUGGGUUCUUUUAUAUUGUGAUACCAGUGGAUGUUUAUCUCACAGCAGUGGAGGGGAGAAAAUGUAAAAAUAAUAAUUGUAGCAGAGACAAACUUCACAUACUGUCAAUGCAACCAUGGAAAAUAUUAGCAAUACUGUGUGUAAGCCUCACUUUUAGGGUUUACAACAAACAAACAAACAAACAGAAGUGUUUCACUCUGAGUUCAAAGAAAAUGUAGUAAUUCUAACUUUUCUCAUCCCGUUCACAGACCUGCUGCGUUUUAUGCAGUGAGGAAAACUGCAUCAAGGUUUAGGUUUAGUCAAAUUCUGUUUUAAUCAUUUCCUCUUCUGAUCCAAACACAUUUGAAAGGUUAGAAAAUUAAACUUAAUUUUCUACAUUUGAAAAACAUUUUUGUCAACAAAUAACAUCUUUGUUCUGCUAAUGAACUUAUCUCAGUCAAAUAGCAUGGAACUUUUUUGUUGUCCUUACAAGGACCUUAUGAAUUAUAUUUUGAAAAACCUUGUUAACUUCCUCUUUGUAGGAGUUUGUAAAAAAUACUUUUUUGAAUUAUUUGCAUAGAGUCAGUCAUUUUAUAACAUAAUCAAUCCAUCAUCGUGGAUAUGAGAUAAUUUAUCAUUAAUUUAAUAUUGUUCUCAUUUCAAUUUAUGUUUGGAUUUUGAGGGGUUCUUUUAAGAUAAUUAUUUAAUUUCUGAUUUUUCUGCUGUUUUUAAGACAGAUAUUUUUAUUUUUUGUUUCAUAUUUUUUGUUGUUGAUUAAUAGAUUUCUCUUUUUUAAAACAAAAUGUGGAGUUCUUUAAUCAUUUUAGAAAGUGUAGUAUUUCAACAGUAAUGACUCAGAAAAACUUGAAAUCUGAUUGUCCAACAGAAGUGUUAUUUAGCAGAACAAAAUGAGAUUAGUUGAUUAGCAGUUUUG